UUCCUCGUUUUCACUAGAUGGCGCAGUAGAUCGAGUAAGAAAAAUGUCGUUCGUACAUCAUCUAGAAACUCUAACCUCUUUGGCCUUCAAGCCGCGUCCAAGAUGUCGACGCAUAAGAAGAAGACCAGGAAGCUUCGUGGACACGUAAGCCACGGCCACGGUCGUAUAGGUAAGCAUAGAAAACAUCCUGGCGGUCGUGGUAAUGCCGGUGGUAUGCACCAUCAUCGCAUUAACUUUGACAAAUAUCAUCCUGGAUACUUUGGAAAGCUUGGUAUGAGGAAUUAUCAUCUGCGCCGUAACACAAAAUGGUGUCCAACGAUAAAUUUGGAUAAGUUAUGGACGCUGGUGUCCGAACAGACUAGGCUAAAGUACAAAGACUCCCCUGACGGCAAGGCUCCAGUUAUCAAUCUUGUUAAAGCAGGUUAUUAUAAAUUAUUGGGUAAGGGACGACUUCCCAAGCAACCUGUUAUCGUUAAGGCCAAAUUCUUCAGUAAACAAGCAGAAGACAAGAUUAAGGCAGUCGGUGGAGCGUGUGUCCUGUGUGCAUAAAUAACAAACUCUGGGUUUACAGAGUUAUACAUUUUUGGUACGAUCGCCACUACUGUACUGUUUUUAAUAAAGAGAGGAGACAGAGAUAUACCACAUUA